AUGAACUCUGUUCUGGAGAAUAACGAAGGUGCAAAGUAUAGUGCACCAGCAGAGUUCGCCUGCCCUCAUGCAAUACGAACCUCACAAAACUCAGCUGUGGCUGUGAUGAAUCGCGAUUUUAUCGAAUGUUGUGAUGAAUUCCUUCCCUGCAACAAAGUUCCAUCGUACCAUAAUAUCGAUCCAGACUACAGUGAAUUCCUCAUCCAAAAUCAAUUGAUCUACGAACACAUCUUUAGGAAUUAUCAGAAGGAUGUUGCACCAGUACAUACCGAAUUUAAUGAAUCAGCCACAGCUCGCGAGUACCUCAACGCUGGCGGUGAGUUGUCGAACCUCAAAGUGACAUUCGAACUUAUCAAUGGCAGUUUUCUGCAACUUGAUCAAGUUUCACAAUCGGUUCGAGUCCAACUGGAGUUCAGUGUAGAUUGGAGAGACGCCCGUCUUGUUUGGGAUCCCGCAAAUUUUUCCGAUAUCAACUAUAUUUAUGUUCGAAGAAGUCAAAUUUGGAUUCCAGACUUUACAAUAAGAAACAGCGAAAAAACCGAAGAAAGUCUUCCUCAAGAGACACAAUAUUCCUACAUAACCUACUUCGGUCAAGUAUCCUCAUUCUAUAAUCUCGUUGUACGACAACCGUGUACCCUUAAGUUAGAAAAAUUCCCAUUCGACACUCAAACAUGUAUGUUUUGGAUCUAUAGCAAUAGUACUGGUAUUGAGGAACUUUUUGCCGAACAUAAAAUUGUCAACGGAUUGGAUGUGAGCACAUGGCUAACUAUUGGUCUCACUGGAAUUAUGGCCUCGGUGUUUCUAAUGGGUUUGGCCGCCAACUCUCUACCUAGAACCUCUACCGUACCAAAUAUGACCAUCUACAUCCUUACCUGCCUCAGUCUGGUCGUAAACUCUGCUCUUUACGUCCUUGUAUUCCCUGAUGAUCCGUUCACAAAGAAAAUCGUUCCCGAACGUGUGCUGGCGGCAAAGGAUAAACUAGAGAGGACGUCGAAAAUCGUUUUUUUCAAUUUUCACGAUGAUACAGCUUCGAUGGUGGAUUCUUCAGGAAGGUACGAUCCGUCAAUGUCGCCACUGUCGGCUGCACGGUUCGCUAAGGACGACGUCGACCACGAGACAAAAUGGUGGAAGGAAUAUCCAAGAACAAAUUAUGUGGAGAGAGCACGAGCACAAAAUAUGUUCGACAACUACAUCACUGAUGUAUGGACCAGACCCAAACAAUUGGCACGUAGUGCAAGUUUCACGAAUUUGACCUACAUUAAGGAAGCUGUACACGAUUAUCCAAUCAAACGGUCAGAUUCCGUUUCAACUCUCGCCCCGUCGUUGGCUCUUCCACAAUAUUGCAGGGAAGCUCAACGUAUUGUACACACCGUACCGGUAUACAAACCUCACGUUCACAAUUGGUACAACAAGAGCUAUUCGGUAGCUCGAUUCAAGGAUACUCACGAUGUGAUCAAUCGUCCCUAUCGCCCUGCAAUUAAUUAUGUAUCUCCACUAUCAUCUCAUGUACCAUACUACACUUUCCAGACGAGAAGGAUCUUUUUCGAUGAGAAGCUUAGAAACAGCCAACCCUACUUAAAAGAAUCCCAGAAGUAUUUGGAUCGAUACGUUGGAGCUCGGCUAAAGGCCGAUGACUUUGCAAAUCGUUUCGCUUAUUCUGCCUACGAAUGGAGAAAACCACAGGAUCACGCAUUCAACCGUCACUUCAUGUAUGACCAAGGAGUAACAUCAUUCACACCAACAGGAAAUCCAGUCUCGUUCUACGAUAAACAAGCGUUACGAAGGCUAUACAAGAUGACCGGCCGAUUCUACUUCUAA